AAUUGAAUAACAGGUUAGAUGUGUUUGUAUUGGUUUGAUGUCAUUGAAUAGGCGUUCAAUAGAUGUGACGAGUCUUACAAUAAUAAUUUCAAACAUUCAACCAAACCCCGAAGAAGAAAAGAUACUGUUAGAGCCGUAUAACUAUUUGCUUCAAUGUAGCGGAAAACAGGUGCGAACCAAACUGAUCCAAGCAUUCAAUCACUGGUUUAAUAUACCAUCGGAUCAGUUGGUGAUAAUUAGUGAUAUCGUUGAAAUGCUACACAACGCUAGUCUUCUGAUUGACGAUAUUGAAGAUAAUUCAUUACUUCGCAGAGGAAUACCAGUGGCGCACAAUAUCUUUGGCAUCCCAUCGACAAUCAAUUCAGCCAAUUAUGUAUAUUUUCUUAGUCUAGAAAAAACUAUUAAAGAGUUGCCCAACGAAUUAGUUCCUAAAGCUGUUCUCAUAUUUACAGAACAGCUCUUAGAGCUUCAUAGAGGACAGGGAAUGGAUAUUCAUUAUAGGGAUUCAUAUAAGUGUCCGAAAGAGGAUGAAUAUAUUGAUAUGAUUAGGAAGAAAACCGGUGGUCUCUUUGGUUUAGGCGUCAAACUAAUGCAACUCUUCAGUAAUGAUAACCGAGAUUAUAGUCAACUCAUCUCUUAUUUGGGAAUUUAUUUUCAAAUAAGAGACGAUUACGCAAAUCUUAAGUCACUUCAGUACGAAGAAAACAAGAGUUAUUGUGAAGACUUAACUGAAGGCAAAUUUUCAUUCCCUAUCAUUCAUGGCAUACAAACUCAACCCAAGGAUUCAACUCUAUUGAAUAUUCUUCGACAGCGAACCAAAAACGUUGAGCUCAAGAAAUAUGCGGUUCAGAAGUUAGAAGAGUUCGGAUCUUUCAUUCACACACUGAAAACAUUAGAAGAAAUCAAUGGAAAAGCGAGGCAUGAAUUGGAAGCAUUGGGUGGUAAUCCACUUCUGUUACAAUUAUUGGAUUUUCUUAAAAUUAUUUAAAUCAUAUUAUUUAUGUUUUUCUAAAUAUUUAAAUAU